AUGGCAAUCGGAUAUGCUCUGAGGAAACCAUCAUCCGUAAUUGAAGAUUCAUCUUCAUUGCUAGCGAUGGAGCCUGCUCCGUCUUCUUCUUGUGCUGGUGGUAUGGUUGGAUUUCAAGAGGCAUCUGGAAAUGAGGAGUCGGCCAGAUUGGUAUAUAGUCAAGCAACUAGAAACGAGACAGCGUUACAGGAACGUCUGUUUGGAUUGUAUUUAGUGUAUACGUUGUAUGUGACACAGCCACACCGGUACGUUGUUCAGAUCAACAUUACAAUAGAGGAAUUGGAAGAAAUUCAGAGAUUUCUUCAGCAUGAACUCAUUCCCGAGCGACAUUACGAUGCAAUCGCUAUUCUACAAUAUCUGACAGCGAGGCAUAUAUUCAGGAUUGUGGCGUUCUCAAAAGAUUUUGAUGUGUUAUUGCAUCAUCGUUAUGACAGAUAUAUAUUUGAUGAGGGUGAUGAGAAGAAAUCAAGAGAAGAGCAACCCUCAGAACAGCUCAAUUCACUGCAAGCAAUUCGGAGUGAGCAACUCACCGCCCAAGUUGAGACUAUUCAUAAA